CUCACACACACAGAAGAGUAAAAAGCUUAAAUUGGUCAUUUCCACUCGUCUCUCACUCUUACUCCACUUUCUCUAUCAUCUCUCUAGAAAUGCCCAAAGGCGUGACAGUCACUUUCUGAAUUGCGAAAUUUGGGGGAAAAUCGAGGGAUCGGAAUGGUUUCAGGGAAGGGUAAGGAGAAGGUGACGGACGGCGGCGGAAAGGGGAAGAGGAAAUUGAACGCCGGCGACGAUGACAAGACAGGGCGGAAGCGGAAAAACCGCGGCGUGCUUCAAUUCUUCGACGAUGCUGCGUACCAGGUGGAUGAGGACGAUGAUUCCAGCGAUGAUUCCUUGUUCGAUGUUGAUGAUUUUCUUGAAGAUGAAUUUAGGUCUGACCUGAAAGUCAAUAAUGAACCUGGGAAAUUUCCUCAUCUUCCUUUUAUUCCCAAAGAGGAGGAAAUGAGUGAGGAAGAGCUUGAAAAAAUGUUGGAAGAGCGAUACAAACCCGGUGCUGGUUUCGUUACUUAUAGUGAAGAUGGUUAUGAGCACAAGAAAUCUAUUGACAAAAACAUAUUUGUGCCCUCAGACAAGGAUCCACAGAUCUGGAAAGUCAAAUGCAUGGUUGGACGUGAGAGACAUUCAGCUUUCUGUCUUAUGCAAAAAUAUGUAGAUGUGGAAUGUUUGGGAACUAAGCUGCAGAUUAUAUCUGCAUGUGCAGUUGACCAUGUAACGGGCUUUAUCUUUAUUGAAGCUGAGAAGCAAAAUGACAUCUAUGAGGCUUGUAAAGGUCUUUCCACCAUAUAUUCAAGUAGAGUGACAGCUGUUCCGAUCAAUGAAAUCUCCCGUAUGCUGUCAGUCAGAAGCAAGUCUAGCGGAAUCUCAGAGGGCAUGUGGGCCCGUGUUAAGAGUGGAAAGUACAAAGGCGAUCUUGCGCAGGUUGCAUUCGUGAAUCACGUCCGGAAGAAGGCGACUGUCAAAUUAAUUCCGAGGAUAGAUUUAAAAGCAAUGGCCGAGAAAUUUGGUGGAGGAGUUACUGGUAGGAGGACUGCCAUCCCAGCACAGAGACUGAUCAGCUCUAGCGAGCUCGAGGAGUUCCGUCCUCUUAUCCAAUCUCGCCGAGACCGUGAUACUAACCUAAUGUUUGAGAUUCUCGAUGGAAUGAUGCUAAAGGAUGGCUAUUUGUACAAAAAAGUAUCCAUCGACUCAUUGAGUUUCUGGGGUACAUUGCCUACUGAAGAUGAGCUCUUGAAGUUCGAGCCUUCAAAUAAAGAUGAAUCUAUUGAUGUACAGUGGCUUUCCCAACUUUAUGGUGAAAAAAAGAAAAAAGAAGUUGAAGGUGUGAAGAAGGACAAAGGUGAUGGGAAAUCAAAAGGCUCCACAAGCGCUUCCAUGGGAAGUAAUUUUGAAGUGCAUGAUCUAGUAUUUUUUGGUCGAAAGGAUUUUGGUGUUGUCAUUGGUGCUGAGAAGGACAAUACUAUCAAGGUCAUAAAAGAAGGUUCAGAAGGACCAUCUGUGGUUACUGUUAAACAAAGUGAACUGAAAACUGCAUCGUUUGAUAAGAAAUUGUUCUCUGUGUUGGAUCAGCACUCAAACACAUUAUCAGUUAAUGACAGUGUCCUGGUUUUGGAUGGUCCUCUGAAGGAUAAACAAGGAGUUGUCAAAAAAAUCUACAAAGGGAUACUGUUUUUGUGUGAUGAAACUGAACAGGAGAAUAAUGGUUAUACAUGCGUCAAAGCACAACUGUGCGAGAAAGUCAAUCUUUCUAGUAAUGCUUCAAAAGGAAAGGGCAGUGAAGCAGGGCCUUCAGGUUUUGCUGAUUUUCCGUCAUCUCCAAAAUCUCCUCUCUCUCCUUCCAGGCCGUUGCAAGAGAGAGAUGAUAAAAGCAACUUUAAACGUGAUGACAAUGGAACGUUCUCUGUCGGGCAGUUGUUAAGAAUCCGCGUGGGCCCUCUAAAAGGUUACCUUUGUCGAGUGUUGUCUGUGCGUCGAACUGAUGUUACAGUGAAGCUGGACUCUCAACAAAAAAUUCUUACUGUGAAAUGCGAGAAUUUGUCUGAAGUUCGUGGAAGGAACUCUGCCAUCUCUCAGGGGGAGGAACCAGUUUCUACAAAGCCAUUUGAUUUUCUUGGAGUUGACGAUGGUGCAAGAGAUUGGAUGGAUGGGGCAGCAUUGUCGACAGAGGUAUCAGCAUGGAAUGCCGGAGGAUCUACGGAAAGGACUUCUUGGUCUACUCUUCCUACAUCGAACUCUGCCGAUGAUGAUGCUAAGAAAGGUGCAGAAGACUCUUCUUGGCAAAUAAAAUCGACAGCGGAUCAGAGUUCAUCAUGGGGUGCAGCUUCAGCGAACUCAAAAAUAGUUUCCGAGACUGGGUCACUUGGUGGCUGGGGAAAACCUGUUGUGCCUGAACAAGACCGUUCUGGCGAAACACUCAAAGAUGAUUCUUGGGGCAAAGCUGCAGAAAAGUGGAGCACGGGAGGUGAUACUUCUGGAAGCAAAGCAGCGUGGGGCCAAUCUGGAGUUUCAUCAGUUGGAGAUCUUGAUCAACCAAAUGGAAGUCAAUGGGGAAGCGCUAGUAACACGGAAAAGGAUGGUGGUUCGCCAUCCUUCUCUAAAUGGGCUGUAGGCACUGGUUCUCUGGAUAGUGAAACUGGUGCAUGGGGUAAUGCAGGUGGUGCCUCCUCCAAAGGAGAUGCGGAAACAGGGGGUUGGGCGAAGGCUGCUGAUAAGCGUGAUAGUCAGACUAAAAGCUGGGGUACUGAGAAGGCCGGUGAAGAUGUACCUAAUCAUGGCCAGGCUGACAGUUGGAAUAAACCAAAGGCAGUUACUGACGGUGGGUCUUCAUGGCCUAAGCAGGAUGACAAACCUGCAUGGGGAAAAACAGAGGGCACAUCUUCGUGGAGCAAGCAAGACGAAGGAUCUUCUUGGAAAAAACCAGACGGUGGAGCAUCUUGGGGUAAAUCAGCUGACAAGUCUUCUUGGGGUCAGCAAUCUGAUUCAAAUGCAGAGGAUACAAAGUCAAAAGGUUGGUCGGAGAACAAAGAUGACAUGAACCAAGAAUCGAGUUGGGGAAGGUCAAAACCGUUUGAUGGAGGCCGUGGUUCAGGUGGAAGAAGAGGAAGAGGAGGGCCACGAGGAGGAGGAGGGGAUAAUUAUGGCAGGGGGAGAUCUUUUGAUCAAGGCCAAUCAACUAGUUGGAACAAGGAAUGCCAAUAUGGUGGGGGAAAUGAUGCUGGGAAAACUUCAAGUUGGGCAAGUGAUCAAGCAGGUGGUUGGGGGAAAAGUACGACCAAUGAAGGUAGUAAGGGAAAUGAUGUUUGGGAUAAAGCAAAUGUUUCUUCCAAAGAUGAGAAUAAAGAUGGUGAAAGAGGGGGUGGAUGGGGAAGUAGUGCAAAUCCUAGCUGUGAUGAUAGUACGUCCAGUGGUUGGAAUGUUCCCAAGGAUUCCAACUUUAACAACUCAAAGGGCUGGGGCAGUUCAUCCAAUGCAAAUGAAGUAGCGGGUGAGGCGGGUAAUGCCCAUGGUAGUUGGGACAAAGAAAUAAAGCCGAGUGAAAAUAAGAAGUCUUCUUGGAAAACUGCCGACACUUCCUCGGAUGGGAACCAGUCGUCUGAUUGGAGCACAAAAGGUAAUUGGGGCAGUCAGAAAUCUUCCGAGGAGAAUAGUGGUUCGUGGAAGGAUGAAAAGAAUGCCGGUGGUGGUUCAUCGACUGGAUGGGGUCAAAGUAAUUGGUCGAAAAAUGGAGCAGGUGAAACUGGUGGGAAUCGCGACUCUACUUGGAGCAACAAAAGCAAUUGGAACUCGGGGAAUGGUUUUGGCGAGGGUGAUAAUCAAGAUAACGGUAAUAGUGACCGUGGAAGAGGUGGGAACUGGAGAGGAGGCAGGGGAGGGAGAGGUGACCGUGGUGGCUUCCGCGGUAGAGGUGGAUCGGACCGUGGUGGUUUUGGAGGUAGAGGUGGCGGCUUUGGCAGGGGAGGCUUUGGAGGCGGAGGAUCAGACGGUGGAGGCUUUGGCGGUAGAGGUGGGUCCGACAGGGAGGGGUUUCGUGGUAGGGGUGGUUUUAGGGGUAGAGGAAGAGGUGAUUGGAAUAGUCGGGAAGAUGAUUCAGCUGUGGAAAAAUCUUCCAGCUGGGGUAAAGGUUCAAAUAAUGACGGUGAGGGAUGGAAAAGUAGCGGAGGCAGUUGGAGCCAGAGAAACAGUGACAACAAUCAGCAACAGAGUUGGAAUCAACCAAAAGGGGAUUCUAGCAAUGUGUCAAAUGGUUGGGGUAAACCAUCUGCUGAAAAGGAAAGUGGUGGUGGUGGUGGCUGGGGUAAUAGUAAGUCGGACUGGGGUCAGGGAACUGCUUCUGUAAAUGCAAACAAAUCUGUGAGUCCGAAUGCAUCUCAUGAGGUUGAUACAUGGGGAAAAGCAGCAGCAGCCGGAGAUGGAAACUCGUCUGGGGGGUGGAAGAAAGCAGAUGAAGGGCAAACUACUAAGGAUGACGGACCCUCUGAUGCAUGGGGUAAGGCUGCAGCAAGCUCCUGGGGCAGUGGCGGUGGCGGUGGCAGUGGUGGUGGCGGAGGGUGGUGAGAACUUCUAGAGAUGUAGAUGAUGAUGGUGGAGGGCUGAAACAAUGUCGUAUCGGGGGCAUUAUUUUGUAGUUUCCAACCAAAAAAAACUCGGUUUAUUUCAGGUUUAUUUAAUAUUUCGGACAGACUUCGAACUCUCGUACUCGUAGAGAGAUUAGCUUCGUGUUAAUUAAACAGGGAAAAUUUUCGGCUUUUUUGAGCAUUGGAAGGACCCUGUUACUAAUUGUAGACACUAUGUAUGUUUGAAUUUAUGGCAUGUGUGCAUGGCUCUCUUUGUUGAAUUAUUAAAAUAUUAUUUGCCCUUUUGUCUA